CCCUUUGUCCUGAUUGCUCUGAUUUCAUUGUUAAACAUCUGAUCAAGCUCUUCGACACCGGACUCAUCUCCGCCGUUGACCUGAAUCUCGUCCCAUACGGCAACGCCAGGCUCGGAACCAACGACACCAUCACUUGCCAGGAAUUCCCAACUGGCGAAACAAACUAACUUUAUACCUGUGAUAACUGAACCUCAUCAAACCACCAAUAAACUGUUUCAUUCUCUCUCCGAAGCUAGCUUUCACUUCCAUGGCUUUCUCUAGCAAGACCCUUUCGUUUUCUCUUGGUUUAUGGUUUUCGUUGUUGUUGCUAUGGUCUCCCUCCACUUGUUCUGCUUCAGCUAUAACUUUUCUGCCUUUGGAAUCUGGCAAAGUCUCCUUGGCUUUGUACUAUGAGUCCCUCUGCCCCUACAGCGCUAAUUUCGUGGUUAAUUACUUGGUCAAGCUCUUUGAAGAUGAUCUAAUCUCCAUUGUUGAUCUCAAGCUUGUGCCUUGGGGCAAUGCCAAGCUCAGAGGCAAUGACACCUUUGAUUGCCAGCAUGGUCCAUCUGAAUGCUUAUUGAACACAGUGGAAGCCUGUGCAAUUGAGACCUGGCCUGCACUGAAUGAUCAUUUUCCUUUCAUUUAUUGUGUUGAGAGUUUGGUUUACGAGCACAAGUAUCCCCAGUGGGAGUCAUGUUAUGAGAAACUGGGCCUGAACUCAACACUUAUUGCUGAAUGCUACAGUAGUGGACUUGGCAAAGAGCUUGAACUAAAGUAUGCAGCUGAAACCAAUGCACUCCAGCCUCCACAUCAGUAUGUGCCAUGGGUAGUUGUGGAUGGACAGCCACUUUACGAGGACUAUGAAAACUUUCUAAGCUAUGUCUGCAACGCUUAUAAUGGCACCACAAUGCUCAAGGGCUGCAAUGAAUACCUCAAUACCAUCCAAAUGGCAGGGGAAAAACCUAACGAUCCAGUCGCCUGCAAGGAGGGAAAGAUGGCAGCAUUAUUUGGAAGAAUUCGAUCAACUCUAACUUCAUGGAUGUGAGUCAGGUGAACAUGGCGUUUUGGAUAUAGUUGUCUGGUAGCUCCAUGGGGAUUAUUCGUGCAUCGAUCAAAUGUGUAAUAGCUAGAAAUUAAGCUUGCUUAUAUCGCUGUUUGAAGUUGAGUGCAAUUACUUGAGUUGUUUGGUAAUGAAGAAAGAGACUUCAUAACUACCUUUAUCUGUUGUGAUAAAUAAAUAUACAGUAGAGUAGUGUAAAUAAAUCAUGUUCAUUAUUUUUUA